AUGGAUUUCAUUCUCUCUUUGACGCACUUCUGCGAGGUGCAUGGUCCCACCUCUAUUAUUUGCUCGCAGGUCCUACCUUUUUCAUGUCCGCAAUGUCACCCCGAAUCCGACCACUCUCCCCAGGGUACCCCGGCUUCACAUGAGUCUCGCAUCGAUCAGUCUCAAUCCCAGACAUCUGCCGAGUCUAAGUCGCCCAGAAUUGAAGAUCACCCGUACUUCCUCAAAGGACAUCCGACCUCACCCGAAGAUAAAUCCAACCGAAGUGGUGCAAAUGGCGAUACCUGCGCCAGUUGUAGCUUGUCUCUGCCAGAAACUGUGAGCAAACAGCUACCUCCGGGUGCGCCUGGAAGUCGCGACGCCAAGGGCAAUUCUACUAGCCCGGUGCUCCGCUCUCGCGAGCUAGUUUACUCAUGCGGCAACAACCAUACGGAGUUGGAUGAUGAGACCGACUACCACACUCAUGCGUCUCCUCCUGACUCACUUCGUUCUGCCUCGGUUACCUCCGAUUCUUCAUGCCACACACACAUUCACACCUAUCUCUCUCAGCGCGGGCCGCCUAACCCCGCUGACUAUGCGCUUCUCCGACGCUCUUCUAUUCGCACCCUAAGCUGUGAGCUCUUGCCCCGGGGACUUUCGUCCGGCCCCAUCUGCUUCGGCGACGGCGUCGCUGGUUACACCAUUGCCUAUAUUUUCCGCCUUCCAGACCCCAUGGCACGCGGCAAGCGACGCAGUUAUGCACUGGUCGCACUGGCAGGACGAGAUGCCGGAAGAGCAUUCCGCGCAUGCCCCAUUAUCUGGCGCGCAUUCGGUCGCAUCGCAACCAGCAUUGUACACGCUGCUGAGCGCUUCCAGGAAGACGAGAAGACCCGCGAUGAGCAGAACAACCCGGGAAGACAGCCCGGCCGCCAGUACCCUCCCGUUUCAUCCUUCCUCACUGGCCGGGGUAUGGAUCCGGCGGGCCGUCGUGCAGCUGGCCAGAUUCGUGCCCGUAAUUUAGCCGAAAUCGUCGGCAAUGAAUACAUCUUUACUGAAUUACAUGCUCAUUUCGUCGCACUUCUGCACCAGCUCGGCGCAAUGUUUGGCGGAAUCCCUCUCAAUGAGGAACGCUUUGUCUGCAGCACUGUGGGCGACGAAGAAGGCGCCAGUCCUUCUCGGCCAGUCCUCGUCUCCAAGGCAAGACAGCCAGAGGGCGACCAGAAGUAUGAUGGCGACGAUAUCGACAUCUCGAACCUUGAAAUCUCCGCGGGACCAAAGGCGAUUCCCAUUACGCCUCGCCGGCCCGUCAUGGCUUGA